CCGGGACACAGGGACAGGGGCUGGAUGGAGCCCCUCCAGUGAGGGGACAAGGAAACUGAGGCAGGAUGGAGCUCUUCGGGCAGCACACGGGGACCGGGGCAGGAUGGAGACCCCAGGUGAGGCCGGGGUCGGGGGCUGAGCUGAUCAGGGCCAGGUGGGCCCUUAUGGAUGGUCUGAGAUUGAGGUGCCGGCUGGGUUCCCGGGCGGAGCUUUGAGGAAGGGGCUCCCCCCGGCUCCGAACCCCCUGUGCUGCCCACACCGAGCUCCUGGCUGGUGCCGAGGUGAGCACGGGGCCAGCAGCGAGGAUGGUUUUGGGAAGCAGCUGCAUCACUCCGGAUGAGCGUUUCUAACAUGAUUCACUCCCACCGGAUCCCCCUUUAAUGUCAUGGGACACCCUCCCUGCCGCCCACCCAUAGAUGUCCCCGCACAUCCCCGUGUUGGUGACAGCAUCCGUGCUCCCGUGGUGGGCACUGACUGGGGACACCGGUCCAGCUGGGAGGUACCUUGGUGGGAAGCUGGGAAGAGGUGGGAGCACAGGUGGGGUUUGUGUUGGAUGUGAGAGCUGUGCUUUGACUCAGUUAUUCCAUGAGGUGAGGAAGUCUGAAAAAUCCAAACCCAAAUAACUAACGGGCCAAAUCAAACCCCUGUGACAGCACCUUUCCUGGCAGCACCCGGGCUGGUGGCACCAGCCCUGAGUCCCUCAUUUCCCACACAAUUUCUGUCCUGGCCGAUGACAGCAGGUGUGUGACAGCCCGUGCCAUGGCCAGGUUUUCCCUAAAGCUGCACUUUUCCAGGUCUCAGCACAGUUUGGACAGAUCAGGUGCUCCGUCCCCAUUCCCAGCCCGCAGGGUCCGUGUGCUUGGCAAUUCCCUCUUCUCCGUUGUCCAAGGUCAACCUGGCCAUGCGAGGGGCCCUGUUUGCAUGGGGUCGGGAUGUGGGAGCUGCGGGCUUUGGCAGGUGCUUGUGGAAUUUCUUGCAGAGACAGGGAUGGCAGGAAAGUCAGCAAAGAGGAGAAACUGUCAGCUCUGUGUUCCCCAGGGCUGCACCAGCCCCACCGGGUGUCCCCGAGGAUGGCAGGAAGAAGGGGACACUGUCUGGACGCCCUCUCUGUCGCUACAGGGUUUUGGGGCAGUUUCCCACCCGCAUCCCUCGUGCCCACGGGAGCCACGGGGCUGCCAGGACCCGCUGCCUCAUUCGAGCCCUUUCCCCGGCCGGGCUGCCCUCCCGACAGGGCCCAGCCUGCCACUGUGGCUUGUCGCACGGAGCUUCAGCCCAGCACAAAAUGACACGUUUCCCACUGCUUUUUCUGUCCCGGGAGGGCUGAGCUCCCCGCAGGCGGGAGCUGUGCUGAGCCCUAACGCUGCUGGGUUUCACCGGAGAGUUUUGGUGGAAAGCUGGGCUGGGGGAGUGUCUGAGCUCAGUCACCUGUCCGUGUCCUGCACACGGUGACACGGUGCAGUGUCGCCGCGCUCUUAGCACGUCUCUCCUUCAUCUCCGCGUUCCUCUGGGCAACCUAAACCCGUAAUUUCUUGUCCCAGCCGCUGCUCCUGCCCUGCCGCGGGCUGCAGCCCCCCCGGUGCCCCGCCUGUCCCCUCCCGGUGCCCAGAUCCGGGUCCCACCGAGCCCCCCUGGGUUGUGGAGCAUCAGCAGCAGCCCUGGCCCCGCUCCCAGCGCUGCUGCAGUGGCAGCUCCUGCUGCCUCUGGGCGCUUCCCUGGACGCUUCCUUGGAUGUGGGGAGUAUCCCAAGGAAUGUUUUCUUUCCUUGGGCGGCAGAUCGCAGCGCACAGGGUCUGCUCUGUGCCCUGUCCUGGGCUGCACCCCGGCUGACCGCAGCGGGGCCGGGCUCGCCCUCGCCGAGCACGGCAGCGCCGCAGCCGGAGGGGCCCCCGCAGACGUGAGGGGUCCCCGCAGCGAUAGCUCUCCUGCUCUCGUGGAAGAAGCCGGGGGUCACAGGCAGGCAGGUCGGUCGUGCCCGUCCCUCCGGGCAGGGACCAUGGCAGACACCGAGGACGCCCCGCGCGAUGCCGGGGAGGGCGCGGGGGAGGACGGCUCCCUCCAGAACGAAUCCUUCCCGCUCUCCUCUCUGGCCAACCUGUUCGAGAGCGAGGACAUCCCGAGCCCCGCCGAGGCAACCCGGGGUCCCCCCGGUGCCGGGGAUGGAAAGCAAAACCUCCGCAUGAAAUUCCACGGGGCCUUUCGGAAAGGCGCCCCGAAGCCCAUGGAGCUGCUGGAGGCCACCAUCUACGAGUCCCCCGUGGUCCCCGCGCCCAAGAAAGCCCCCAUGGAUUCCCUCUUCGACUACGGCACCUACCGCCACCACCCCAGCGAGAACAAGCGCUGGCGCAGGAGGAUCGUGGAGAAGCAGCCACCGGCCGCAAAGGGACCGGCUCCCGAGCCGCCCCCCGUCCUCAAGGUCUUCAACAGACCCAUCCUCUUCGACAUCGUCUCCCGGGGGUCCCCGGCCGGCCUGGAUGGGCUCCUCUCCUUCCUGCUCACCCACAAGAAGCGCCUCACAGACGAGGAGUUCCGAGAGCCCUCCACGGGAAAGACGUGCCUGCCCAAAGCCCUGCUGAACCUGAGCGGGGGCAAGAACGACACCAUCCCCGUCCUGCUGGACAUCGCCGAGAAGACGGGAAACAUGCGGGAGUUCAUCAACUCGCCCUUCAGGGACGUCUACUACCGAGGCCAGACAGCGCUGCACAUCGCCAUCGAGCGCCGCUGCAAGCACUACGUGGAGCUGCUGGUGGAGAAGGGAGCAGAUGUCCAUGCCCAAGCCCGCGGCCGCUUCUUCCAGCCCAAGAGCGAGGGCGGCUACUUCUACUUCGGUGAGCUGCCCCUCUCGCUGGCCGCCUGCACCAACCAGCCGCACAUCGUGCACUACCUGACCGAGAACGGGCACAAGCAGGCGGACCUGCGGCGCCAGGACUCCCGCGGCAACACCGUCCUGCACGCCCUGGUGGCCAUCGCCGACAACACCCGCGAGAACACCAAGUUUGUCACCAAGAUGUACGACCUGCUCCUCAUCAAGUGCGCCAAGCUCUUCCCCGACACCAACCUGGAGGCCCUGCUCAACAACGAUGGGCUCUCCCCGCUCAUGAUGGCAGCCAAGACCGGCAAGAUCGGGAUCUUCCAGCACAUCAUCCGACGGGAGAUCACGGACGAGGACGUCCGGCACCUCUCCCGGAAAUUCAAGGACUGGGCGUACGGCCCCGUCUACUCCUCCCUCUAUGACCUCUCCUCGCUGGACACCUGCGGGGAGGAGGUGUCCGUGCUGGAGAUCCUCGUCUACAACAGCAAGAUCGAGAACCGCCACGAGAUGCUGGCCGUGGAGCCCAUCAACGAGCUGCUGAGGGACAAGUGGCGCAAGUUUGGGGCCGUCUCCUUCUACAUCAGCGUGGUCUCCUACCUCAGCGCCAUGAUCAUCUUCACCCUCGUCGCCUACUACCGCCCCAUGGAAGGCCCUCCGCCCUACCCCUACACCAGCACCGCUGACUACCUGCGCCUGGCCGGGGAGAUCAUCACCCUCUUCACUGGGAUCCUCUUCUUCUGCACAAACAUCAAAGACCUGUUCAUGAAGAAGUGCCCAGGUGUGAAUUCCUUCUUCAUAGAUGGCUCCUUCCAGCUGCUCUACUUCAUCUACUCGGUGCUGGUGAUUGUCACGGCGGGGCUGUACCUGGGUGGCAUCGAGGCCUACCUGGCUGUCAUGGUCUUUGCGCUGGUCCUGGGCUGGAUGAAUGCCCUGUACUUCACCCGUGGGCUCAAGCUGACAGGGACCUACAGCAUCAUGAUCCAGAAGAUCCUCUUCAAAGACUUGUUCCGCUUCCUCCUGGUCUACCUGCUCUUCAUGAUCGGCUACGCGUCAGCCCUGGUGUCCCUCCUCAACCCGUGUCCCAGCAGUGAGUCGUGCAGCGAGAAGCCCAACUGCACCGUGCCCACCUACCCAUCCUGCCGGGACAGCCAGACCUUCAGCACCUUUCUGCUCGACCUCUUCAAGCUCACCAUCGGCAUGGGCGACCUGGAGAUGCUCGAGAGUGCCAAGUACCCCGGCGUCUUCAUCAUCCUCCUUGUCACCUACAUCAUCCUCACCUUUGUGCUCCUCCUCAACAUGCUCAUCGCCCUCAUGGGUGAGACCGUGGGCCAAGUCUCCAAGGAGAGCAAGCACAUCUGGAAGCUGCAGUGGGCCACCACCAUCCUGGACAUCGAGCGCUCCUUCCCGGUGUUCCUGCGGAAAGCCUUCCGCUCGGGGGAGAUGGUCACUGUGGGGAAGGGCACGGACGGGACCCCUGACCGCCGCUGGUGCUUCAGGUAAAGGGUGGAUGAGGUGAACUGGUCCCACUGGAACCAGAAUCUGGGAAUCAUCAGUGAGGACCCAGGCAAGAGCGACACAUACCAGUACUACGGCUUCUCGCACACCGUGGGCCGGCUGCGGAGAG